UUGGUGGGUGGGUGGGGAGGUUCUGGGGAAAAAAGGAAGCGGCUUGGCUAUGGAAGGCUCCAAUGGAUUUGGGAUCGACUCCAUCCUCUCGCACAGAGCAGGCAGCCCCGCCCUUCCCAAGGGGGACCCCCUGAUCGGGGACUGCCGCUCACCCCUGGAGCUGAGCCCCCGAUCGGAAGGCAGCAGCGGAUGCUCAUCUCCUGCUUCGCCAAGAAGGGACUGUCUGGACACUGGAGCACCACGGCCGGGCGGAGGGUCUGGCCAGGGUUUAGAUUCCCACCUGCAGCCUGGGCAGCUGUCAGCUCCAUCCCAAUCCCGCUCCGUGACCUCCUCCUUCCUGAUCAGGGACAUACUUGCUGACUGCAAACCGUUGGCCGCCUGCGCACCCUACUCCAGCAACGGGCAACCCGCAGCCCAGGAGCCUGGGGGCCGUCUUUCGGCGAAACCUGGAGAGGACUUUAGAGAUAAACUGGACAAAGGCAACAGCAACUCUUCUUCUGAUUCGGAAUAUAAAGUGAAAGAAGAAGGUGACCGAGAAAUCUCCAGCUCCCGGGACAGUCCCCCAGUGCGCCUGAAGAAGCCGCGUAAAGCUCGCACUGCCUUUACGGACCAUCAGUUGGCGCAGCUGGAACGCAGCUUCGAGCGGCAGAAAUACUUGAGCGUGCAGGAUCGCAUGGAGUUAGCCGCCUCGCUCAACCUCACUGACACGCAGGUCAAGACUUGGUACCAGAAUCGCAGAACCAAAUGGAAGCGUCAGACGGCUGUGGGUUUGGAGCUGUUGGCAGAGGCAGGCAAUUACUCAGCGCUGCAACGGAUGUUCCCGUCGCCUUAUUUCUACCCGCAGAGCUUGGUUUCCAAUCUGGACCCUGGAGCAGCCCUCUACUUGUACCGGGGCCCCAGCGCUCCUCCGCCCGCACUUCAGAGACCUCUGGUGCCCCGCAUCCUUAUCCACGGACUCCAGGGAGCCAGCGAGCCGCCCCCUCCCCUGCCUCCCCUCGCGGGCGUUCUCCCGCGAGCGGCACAGCCCCGGUGAGCCUCAGUCCCCAGCCUUAGCCACCCGGGCGCUAGUUCUCCCUUCUCCGCGCGGGCCGCGCAGCCCCCACCCUCAUCCCAGUUCACUGAUACCAAGAGUGAGGAGACAAGGGAGAGCAGAAUCCGCUGCGCGCCCGGAGGGGAGACAUCCUUCACCUAGAGUCCUCUCUUGGAGGAAUGGGUAUUGAAAAUCCUCCCUGCCGAGUAUAAACUCUCCCAAUCCCCUCAUCGCUCCAGAACAGUUUCCCACAAGGGGCCAAAGGUCAAAACUCCAAGAGCUGGCCAGUGGCUGAUUCUCACUUCGUCCCCAACUCUCUCAGCUGCCGCGCUUCACUCAAACCAGCCGAGAAUGGGGUCAGUUUGCCCUAACCGGGUUAUAUCUGACUCUGUGCAUACAUUUACCCCUACAGCUCUUCAUUCUGCCCCCGCCCAAUUUGCUUCUUAAUCACUGAGAAAUUUGACCCGUAAGGCGCCUCCUCUCCCUGCCUUUCCCCCAGUCUGGGUGGGUGGGUGGAUGAAGGAACCACGAACUGCUCGCUUUGUCCCUAGUCCCUUUGCUCCAGGUCUCCUGCUGUAUAUUUGUCCCUCCCUCCCCAUACUCUACAGAAUGGGGAGGGCAGGGUGGAAAACGUGGACAGCUGCUUGUACUGUGACGUCCCCCACCCCCUUUCCUUCUCCUCUUCCUCUCCCCCAGCGGGAGCCCCGGCCGGACCCAGAGGAGAGUCUGACCGGGCCGGGCCGAGCUGUACAUACCGCGUGUAAAGUGUAUAUGAAGUUAUUUAUUCGUGACCCAUGAGCCCGUGACCGUGUCCGUGAAUUUGUGAGUCUGUAGCCUGCGCCCUCCCCGUUCCCGGGCAUGGCAGGAAGGGGCCAAGCAGACUUGCUUAUGCAGCCCCCAACCUCCAGCCCGGACCCCUGGGCCAGCCAGGUCCCUUGGGCUCGCGCUCUCUUUUUUAAAUGUCGAAAUAAACUUCUUACAAAUCCA